CCCCUAAAUUGCUAGGUAUUACCCACUUCGCAAUAGUAACUAUAUUGUUUUGUUUACAGAAGAUAAGUCUAUAUAUAACAAACCAAAUUGGUUAAAUUAACUUUAGUGUAUCAAAGUCAACAGUUUACCGUUCAUCUAUCUCCAUCUGUUUGUAAUAGUUAACUUAGGACCUCAGGAUGGAACAGUUUAGAAAAGUACUUGUUUUAUAUGUAGGAGGGACGAUUGGUAUGCAACAAAAUGAUAAAGGAGCACUUAUUCCCAUUCCCAAUGCAUUUUUACAGAAAAUCAAAUACCAUUCAGAAAUGCACGACGCUGAGAAAGCCAAAAAAUAUUUUAGGGCUCUAAAAGAAAAUGAAUUGAUACUUCCUCCUUUCAGAGCUACUGGAAUAAAUACUGUCAUUUAUGAACUGAUAGAAUACAGUCCACUUCUUGAUUCCAGCAAUAUGUCGACCAAGGAAUGGGUUAGAAUAGCUACAGAUAUUGGGAGAAAUUAUAACAAAUAUGAUGGUUUCGUCGUACUUCAUGGGACCGAUACUAUGGCAUAUACGUCGUCAGUUCUAUCAUUUAUGAUGGAGGGUCUUCAAAAACCUGUUAUUAUAACUGGAUCUCAAAUCCCAAUCUUCGAAACACGUAGUGACGCAAAAGACAAUGUCCUAUCAUCGCUGAUCAUUGCCGGCUGUUAUAAUAUCCCGGAAGUUUGUGUUUUCUUUGCAAAUAAACUGUUGAGAGGAAAUCGCACUGCCAAGAUAAGUUCCGACGACUUGGACGCCUUCGAUUCACCCAAUUAUCAUACACUAGUAGAUGUCGGCAUCAACAUGAAAAUUAACCACCAUCAUAUUCGAAAAGUAGAUGACUCCGUCCACUUUAAACUGCACACGAAUUUGAAUUCAAAAGUGGUACUCCUGUCCUUCUUUCCUACAAUUACCCGUGAAAUGUUACAAUCAUAUUUGAAGCCGCCCACACAAGGUAUCGUCAUACAAAGUUAUGGAGCUGGUAACCUGCCGUCCAACAGACCUGAUAUAUUGCAAGUAUUAAGAGAAGCAGUUGAAAGAGAAAUUUUAGUAAUAAAUGUCACCCAGUGUGCUCGAGGAGCGGUCAGUAAUUCUUAUGAAUGUGGAAUGGUUUUGGAAAUGAUCGGUUUAACUUCUGGAAGAGACAUGACAGUAGAAGCGGCUCUUACCAAAUUAAUGUAUGUAUUAGGACUUCCAGAAUUAACGUAUCUGCAACGAGUGGAGCUUAUGAAAACUGAUUUACGAGGAGAAAUCACUAACACUUAGAUGUUGAGAAAAAUUUGUAUAUUUUAUAUUAUAUUUAUAAAUGUUUAACUAAGAAUACUAUUUAUUUUUAUAACUGUACUUUCAUAAAUAUACCACUUUCAGUGUGUAAUAAUUUCUCUUUUCUUUUAUGUGACCCUUUUGAAUGAAAACAACUGUAUGUGGUAACAUUAAUGACAAUAUGAUAACAACUCUUCAGAAAAUAUAUUUCUUGGGAUACUG